AUGGCUUCUCUUAGGCUUUCUUCCACAAGUAUUCCAAGAUUUGGUCAAAGUUUGACCAGAGCUAUUUUCUCUCCUCAAUGGGUUUCUACACGAUGCUAUUCCGCGAAAAAGCCUGCUGCUGCGUCCGCGAAUCCUUUGUCUGACGGUAAGGCUAAACCAAAGUCGACAACACCUCUACGCCGUUCAGCUUCCGAGUCGUUGCCUAUUCGCUCAAAUCCAACACCAACGAGGGGUACCAUACAACCCGUCACGACUCUCGCCACUGCGGAACGAUAUAUCCUCUCGCGUCUCCGUUCUCAUCCCGACCUGCCUGCUCGGUCUCAGGCGCUGCACGAGUCUUGGUGGAUUCCGAAAUGGGGCGAAGCAGGGAAAGAAGGCGAGAUCUUUGUAUUUUCGAACGGCAAUAUUGUGUGUUGGGGACUUGGAGAGACGGAGGCGAAGACAUUCGUCAGCGACGUGAUUGACCGCGCUAGAGGCAUGGAAGUCUCUCCCUUGGGAGAACCGGAAACUGAGGAAUUGGAAUUCGUGGUGGAUCCUAUCGAAAAAACGAGAUUGCAGGGAGACUUGAUUAUCCUCGGCCAGGCUGAACCACUUAACGAGCCUGAAUUGCUGCCCAAGGUUCUUCCUCCCAUGGCAUUCCCGGAGGAGACUCUUCUGGCCCGAUACGCGUUCUCCCAGGCCCUUUCUCGUUCGACGGCGCUCUCAGCGCUGGAGGUGUCUCUGGACCAGUAUCUGAGCUCUAUGGCAUUGCUUCCACAUACUCUGGCGCAGACAGGCAAACCUGGCAUGGGGCGCACACAGCUUAUCAAGAAACUCGGCGAACUCAUGAAGUUUAGGCAGCUUUUGAAUCUUAACAGGGAGAACUUUACCGAAGUACCAGACUUUUAUUGGUCGGAGCCCGAGUUGGAAGCUCACUUCAAGUCUUUGAGUGAUGCGCUGGAAGUCACGUCGCGAACCGCAUCCUUCAAUGACAAGAUUACUUAUGCGGCUGAAGCUCAAUCGAUGCUUCGUCAAUUGCUGACCGAGUCAUCAACGCACUCGAUGGAACUUAUUAUCAUUGCUCUCAUUGCUGUUGAAGUUGUCAUUGCUUUAAUCCGCGACGGGCCUGAACUAUGGCAUAUGCUGGUCGACCCUGAAACCGAAGAAAAAGCAAAACCCGCCCACGUCUAG